UACCAGAAUGGCAUUAACGUCCGGCAGUGUCUACACGGAUCUGCUUACCCUAGUUGUAGCAGGGUUGAUAUUUGUUUACGCAUAUUUCAAAUGGACGUUCACGUAUUGGGCAAGGAAAGGCUUGCCCCACCUUAAACCAUCGUUCCCAUCUGGUACCAUGCAAAAUCCGGUUUGGCCGAAAAUUUCGCUUGGAGAAACGCUGAUGCACCAGUACAGAGAGUGCAAGGAGAAAGGGCUGAAGCACAUUGGACUAUUCACCUUCUCGAGACCGAACUACAUGCCCAUCGAUUUGCAGUACGUAAAAAACAUUCUCUCAAGCGAUUUUAAUUACUUCGUCGACCGCGGCGUCUACUACAACGAAAAGGUCGAUCCGCUCAGCGCCCAUCUUUUCUCGCUCGAGGGUCAGAAGUGGAAGAACCUGAGAUCGAGGUUGACGCCCACGUUCUCCUCCGGAAAAAUGAAGAUGAUGUUUCGCCUGGUGAUGGAGUGUGGUAAGCACAUGACAAGCGCAAUGGAGGAGGUUGCGAGAAAACAAAUUCCGAUCGAAACCAAAGAUUGGCUGGGACGCUUCGGCACCGACGUUAUCGGUACGUGCGCGUUCGGCAUCGACUGCAACAGCUUCCAGGAGCCCAACUCCGCCUUCAGAACCUACGGCAAACGGGCACUAUGCCCCACGAAAUGGGAAAUCGCGAAAACCUUCCUAGGCUUCGCCAACGAGAAGUUCGCCCGCAGAAUGUCAGUCCGCAUAACGCCCGUCGACGUGACCGCCUUUUUCCUGAAUAUCGUCGAGGAGACCGUCAAGCACCGAGAGGAAAAUAACGUACAGCGCAAUGACUUUUUGCAAAUCUUGUUAGAAUUGAAAGACAGUGUUGGAGAAAAUGACGCGAACAAGUCACUGACAAUCGAAGAACUGACCGCUCAAGCGUUCAUCUUCUUCCUCGCAGGUUUCGAAACGUCAGCGACCACCAUGUCAUUUUGCCUAUACGAGUUGGCCGAAAAUCUGCACAUACAAGAUAAGCUACGCGAGGAGGUCGAAACAGUUCUCGAGCGCUACGACGGAGAGCUCUGUUACGAUGCGAUCAAGGAGUUAAAAUACAUGAAGCAGGUCAUAGACGAAACGCUAAGAAAACACCCGCCACUACAGCUCCUGCUGCGGAUGUGCGUGCAAGACUACAAGGUACCAGGAACAGACUUCACAAUUGAAAAAGGAACCGCAGUCUCAAUACCAGUACAAGGGCUACACUACGACCCCGACUACUUCCCCGAACCCGAAAAGUUCGACCCGGACCGGUUCAGCGAGGAGAACCGGAGGAACAUAAAACCGUUCACCUACAUGCCAUUCGGCGAAGGGCCUAGGAUGUGCAUCGGUCUACGGUUUGGACUCAUGCAAGUGAGUGUGGGACUAGCUCUUCUAUUGAAAAACUUCCGCUUCACGCUGCACGAGAAGACUCCCCUCCCCCUACAGAUGAACCCGCGCUCGUUCCUUUUAUCGACACUUGACGACAUUUAUUUGAAUGUCGAGAAAGUAUAGCCUGUAAGGUCUUGGUUUAUCGUAUUUUUUUACCGCACUCGAGAUAUUUUUUUUAAUAAAACGAGAAUUUACAUAAGAA